UAAAAGACCACUAAUCUUAAUAAUAAUAAACAUAAUAUUAUAAUAAUAGAAACCUGGUAGAAAUCGGUUUCUAUCAUCCCCUCCCCCCUUCAGACCAACCUUGCCUCAAGGUUGACCGAUUGAACUAUUUCUCCAUGUUUCUCGUGCCACCCGCACGUCGGUCCUUCAUUUCCUUGUGCUUCAUUUUAUUCCACUUUCGCUCAAACCCUUGGGCAAACUUCCCAGAACACGCAACUUCAUCGUGCUCCAACUCAUCAACACGAACCAUAUACUUCCAUACACCAACAACUAUUACACUUGUCGUAUUCGUUGUAGAAGCAUCCCACAUUUCCCAGUUGUAUCAUUGACUUCACCCACAAAAGAAGACACCUUCUUUUCCCUACUCUUUCUAUACUUCUCCAGGGGACUUGCUGCUUCUUCUAAGGAUAUGCAGACCAAUAUCUGAUUCCCUGUUUAGCUUGCGUCUGCUUGUGUCACAAAUUUCUCUAUUAGACCCGUCAUGCCUUUCAUUAACCCCGCCCCACAGCCACUCUCACACAACACAAGGCUGGAACUAUUUGUCGGGUCGGGUCUUCAUCAUUGAAGCUAGACCUGAGUCGAGAGUCCGAUCCAACUCUUUGACGCUUUCCCGCUUCCCUUCAAUCUUCGGCCCAAUCUGCUUGUUUGUCUGGCCUAGGAAAAUCCCACCCUGCAUACUCGAAAUAAGCCCCCAGGACAGAAGACUCUUGUGGCACGUUGUCCAUUGGCUCAUCCUUUCCUCUCCGAUGUGGCCUGCCAAUUUCCAACAUUUCCAUUCCAAAACUCGAAACCCCCAAGGUCUAAGACUCAGACCCACUAAUUUUGCACGGUUGCACUUCACAACAGGGAGCGAAAAGAAAAGAGACGAGAUGCCGCCUCGCCUCCUUCCUUCUCAACUUCAACCGCCGGAUGUGCCAUCUUCCUCUCCAUCCCCGAUGAUGCUUCCUUUGUCGUCUCUAGCUACCUCCGGUUUUCAGUAUGACAUCUCGACACUCAUGGACAUGCAAGAAGAUUCUCUCAUGGUGGCCUGUGGUUGUUGUGCGGCAGCGGCGCUACUCAACGCGAAGAACCAAGGGAGUGCAACACCGCGCACACUCCCUCUCCAGAGACGACCAGCUUCCCCGGGGCCAAGGAGGCCAGUCCCACUUUGCCAUCCUCUUCGACUUCGAGUCAAACGCUUCCACGCCCUUCUCCUUCCAUCUCUCCUCAGUAAGCGCGCCACACGGUCUCUGGGCCCCGACACUCUCUUCUUUUUUCCUUCCUCUAGCAACUUGGCACAAGCCUUUGUUGUUUGGUGGUGGCGAGGGUUCCAGCCGACGUCUGCGAGACAGGCAGCCUCGCGGAGGUCAUCAGAAAAGCUGCUGGUUACCGCAGCUGUUGGCGGCCGGAUCUUCUUCUCCAACAACCAUUGGAAUAAGUACGGAGUUGAUCGAUUACGGAUGCCGGUGGUGGUGGUUUAGAUAUGCAUUACGAAUGUGGUAGUGUAUGAAAAUGAAAAACUGAGAGAGAUUUUGGAUAGUAAAGAUGGCGAAUGUGGUUUCAAAUGGUGGCCAAUAGGAAGGUUUGUGUAUCUGGUGGCCAAUAGGGUUGUGUAUCUCUUCCUCCCUUCAUCAUGUGGACAUAAAGAAUACAUAAGAUAAGAGGAU